CUGCUGAUAACAGGCCGCACAGACGCGCGCAGGCGCAGGCACAGGCACGGUCACAUGACUAGCAGCGUCUUGGACUGAUCGGAUACACUGACUCGAUAACCAUGCCAACCACGCAGCAGUCUCCUCAGGAUGAACAGGAAAAGCUUCUGGAUGAAGCUGUGCAAGCUGUCAAGGUCCAGUCAUUCCAGAUGAAGCGAUGCCUGGACAAGAACAAGUUGAUGGAUGCACUGAAACAUGCUUCCAACAUGCUGGGAGAGCUGAGGACCUCCAUGCUUUCUCCAAAGAGUUACUAUGAGCUCUACAUGGCUAUAUCUGAUGAACUCCACUAUCUGGAGGUUUAUUUGACUGAUGAGUUCGCCAAGGGCCGCAAGGUGGCAGACCUGUAUGAACUGGUCCAGUACGCCGGCAACAUCAUCCCCAGACUCUAUCUUCUGAUUACAGUGGGUGUGGUGUACGUUCGCUCCUUCCCUCAGUCUCGCAAGGACAUUCUGAAGGACUUGGUUGAGAUGUGUCGAGGUGUUCAGCACCCACUCAGAGGUCUCUUCCUCAGGAAUUAUCUGCUGCAGUGCACGCGCAAUAUACUUCCUGAUGACGGAGAGCAGCCCGAUGGAACAGAGGAGAUGACUGGAGACAUUAAUGACUCCAUUGACUUUGUUCUUCUAAACUUUGCGGAAAUGAACAAAUUAUGGGUUCGAAUGCAGCAUCAAGGUCACAGCAGAGACCGAGAGAAGAGAGAAAAGGAACGACAAGAAUUGAGGAUUCUAGUGGGCACCAAUCUAGUUCGCCUCAGCCAGCUGGAGGGCGUCAACGUGGACAAGUACAAACAGGUAGUUCUUCCUGGAGUGCUGGAGCAGGUUGUGAACUGCAGAGACUCAUUGGCCCAGGAAUAUCUAAUGGAGUGCAUUAUUCAGGUUUUCCCAGAUGAGUUCCAUCUACAAACCUUGAACCCCUUUCUGCGUUCCUGUGCAGAGCUUCAUCAACACGUCAACGUCAAGAACAUCAUCAUUGCUCUCAUUGACAGGCUUGCUCUGUUUGCUCAUCGAGAAGACGGCCCGGGGAUCCCAGCGGAGAUCAAGCUGUUCGACAUCUUCUCUCAGCAAGUGGCCACUGUCAUCCAAUCUCGUCAGGACAUGCCGUCAGAGGACGUGGUCUCUCUUCAGGUGUCUCUCAUCAACUUAGCGAUGAAAUGCUACCCCGACCGGGUGGACUACGUAGACAAGGUCCUGGAGAGCACGGUGGAAAUCUUCAACAAGCUCAACCUGGAGCACAUAGCAACCAGCAGUGCUGUGUCUAAAGAGCUUACCCGACUUUUGAAGAUCCCCGUGGAUACGUACAACAAUAUCCUGAUGGUGCUGCAGCUCAAACACUUCCCCCCGCUCUUUGAAUACUUUGACUACGAGUCCCGCAAGAGCAUGAGCUGCUACGUGCUGAGCAACACGCUGGACUGCAACACCACCAUCGUGGCCCAGGAACAGGUGGACACCAUCUUGAACUUGGUGUCGACACUGAUCCAGGACCAGCCGGACCAGCCGGCCGACGACCCCGACCCGGAGGACUUUGCUGAGGAGCAAAGCCUUGUGGGUCGAUUCAUCCACCUGUUCCACUCCGACGACCCCGACCAGCAGUAUCUGAUUCUCAACACGGCCCGGAAACACUUUGGUGCCGGUGGAAACCAGAGGAUCCGCUACACUCUGCCCCCUCUGGUGUUCGCUGCGUACCAGCUGGCCUUCAGAUACAAGAAGAACUCCUCAGCAGAUGACAAGUGGGAAAAGAAGUGCCAGAAGAUCUUUUCAUUUGCCCACCAGACCAUUAGUGCUCUUAUCAAGGCCGAGCUUUCUGAGCUGCCGCUCCGUCUCUUCCUGCAAGGAGCGCUGGCUGCAGGAGAGAUUGGGUUUGAGAACCAUGAAACUGUAGCUUACGAAUUCAUGUCUCAGGCCUUCUCUCUUUAUGAAGAUGAGAUCAGUGACUCCAAAGCCCAGCUGGCAGCCAUCACGUUGAUCAUCGGCACGUUUGAGCGGAUGAGAUGUUUCAGCGAGGAAAACCACGAGCCCCUGAGGACUCAGUGUGCCCUGGCUGCAUCCAAACUCCUGAAGAAACCGGACCAGUGUAGAGCUGUGAGCACGUGUGCCCACCUCUUCUGGUCGGGCCGCAGCACCGACAAAAAUGGAGAAGAGAUCCGUGAUGGGAAGCGGGUGAUGGAGUGUCUAAAGAAAGCCCUGAAGAUCGCCAACCAGUGCAUGGACUCGUCUCUGCAGGUCCAGCUGUUCAUCGAGAUCCUGAACAGAUACAUCUGCUUCUAUGAGAGAGAAAAUGAUGCGGUGACGGUCCAGGUGUUAAACCAGCUGAUCCAGAAGAUCAGGGAGGAUCUUCCCAACCUGGAAGCAAGUGAAGAAACUGAACAGAUCAACAAACAUUUCCACAACACACUGGAGCAUCUGCGUCUGCAGAGAGAGUCCCCCGAGUCCGAGGGCCCCGUCUACGAGGGCCUGGUCCUUUAAAACUACAGUCUGGUUGAAAGUUUGUCCUCCCUUAAGUGUUUCAUUCUAUCACAACGUACUACUGCACACUCACCACAUCACAAGUAUCUUCUUUAGACCAGAGGUUAACAUAAGUGUCAAGAUGAGCUCAAAGAACCCACUCCUUCCUUUUGUGCUUUAUUUCUAUGCAUAAUUUCCUAAAUACAAUACUUAUUUUAGUUUUUUUCCUGCAGAUGGUUGGACGUGUACAGAAACCUGUGAUGUUAGUUGAGGCAGCAAUUAGGGACCAUCCCACACUCACAUCUAGCUAGUUUAUGGAGACGGUGGAUCACUGAGCCAUUAGAACCCGGUCCCAUCUGUCCUAUUGAUAAACUCAUCAGCUGAUCGUGUAUAUAGGCCACAAAAUCCAAUGACUGUCUUGAAGCAUUUUCAGAAUCAUCCUAGUUUCCAAAAAAAGAAUCAACUCUAACGUUGCUUUUCUUCAGGAUUGCUUUGUGGAAUUUUAAACAUGUUAUAGGAAAUCAUACUUAAAGAGAGAUGAAAUGUCAACUUUGGGAACCGGGGAUCACGUUGAGACGGUCUUUUCCUGUAAAGUCUGGUGAAUAUUGUAAAACAUCUUUUCAUUUUCUUAUACUGAGUACUGAAACACAAAACAGUUGAGUCAUAAUAGAGCAGCAUUUAUGUGAUAUCUGCAAAUAUUUAUGCCAGCCCUUAUGUGAUUUGGAGAAAUGACAAAUAACUGCAUAAAUCUAAUAUUUAACUGCAUAAUCUAAGUAAUUUUCAUCAAAGUUUUCCAUGUUUUAAGGAAUGGCCUCCUGCCCAGCUCCUGCAGCGCUCCCAUUGACUCUUGACCUUAUCUGGUUUCUUGUUUCUUGUCACAUCCACACGGUGACGACUCUUUUCUUCUUCUAUUCUUUCCCAAUGAGUGUAACAAAAGGCCAACUUUUGAGUUUACUCAGUGCUAACGACAAUGUUCUGUUUUUGUUUGUUUACGUCUAGUUUUUUAAUCACGCUGUCCAAGACUGUUGGUUUUGUGGGUGAACAUUGUGGAGGAAUCCAGCGGUUCUGUAAUCUGUUGCUGUGCAGAGGAUUCACCAGAGUUCUGAGUUGUGUGCUGAAUAUUUGGAGGUGUUUUUGGUUUCUUGGUUCUGGUCUGUUGGACGCUGUAUUUACAUGUUUUUUUGCUUUUAAAUGUGUUUAAACCCCCUUGUAAAUCAGAUAAAUAAAAUUGCAGAUUAAAUGGAAAUUGUCAUUUACCAAAAAUAAAAUUGAAAUUAACAAA